AUGGGGCACCUCUUCCUCCCUGAAGAGACGAAUAAUCCUGCGGUAAUCAUCCUCGGACUUGGGAAUUAUCCUGAUUCCUGCAUCGACGGCAACCGCGCGUUCGAAUUUGAUGCCCAAGGAAAUAAACUUGUGAUUUACGCCUCGCCAUCUCGAAGCAUCACGAAGAACGAUGGGGAUAGUAAUGUAUACCAACAUCCCGUUGUUAAUAGUCAGCAUGACUGUUUUCAUCUGGGUAACUUCACAGAUGAGGAUAUUCUAAAGGCACUGUGUAAAUUACCUAAAUUACCAAACAAGUUAACAGCAGGAGAAGAUAUGGUACCGAGCUUUGUAGUCCAUAUAAUGGCUUCUCCCUUAAAGCAAAAGCGAAAACAAUGGAGUGAGAAAGAUAUGGAAAACGCCAUUGGAUCAGUAAGAAACCAAAAUAUGGGUUAUUUGGCCGCAGCAAGAGCAUAUAAAGUUCCACGCUCAACACUUUUUCGCCUCUGUAAUACUGAAGGGCCUCCAGCAACUGUUAGUAAAACGAAGUUGGGUAAAAGACCAAUUUUGUCAGCGGAGUUAGAAGAGGAACUAGUACGAUAUUUACUUAUAAUGGAUCAGAAGUUUUUUGGUCUGACAAGAAGGGAUGCUCGAUCCUUAGCAUUCCAACUUGCUAAACGUAACAAUAUACCACAUCUAUUCUCUCUUUUACGUGAAUCUGCGGGAAAAGAUUAG